AUCUUCGACAGGGGGUCUCUCGUAUACCUGGUAUACGUAUAACUAACAAAAAACAACUCUCAUAAGCUUCGCGAUGCUCACCCACUCAUCAUUCUUUUCUUAUUCGCAUCACCAGUUUUUAUUUUUAUUUUUAUUUUUUCACAUAUGCCCUCGUCGUUUAUAGAAAACAUCGCUAAAGAUGGGCGGACAUUCUAUUACCAGCGCUGGACCCCGAAGGUCUCUCGAGGUGACGGCAGCCGAUGACGCACUCGCUAAGAUGGGAUAUAAGGCCGAACUGCCUCGAAGUUUGAUACGUGAUAUUAUAAUUAUUCCUUUCUUUCUAGUAGAGCUUUUGUCUAUAUCGGAUUUCCAUUCCAAUAACAUCCCCUUAUUCCACAUACAUAGUAUAUCAACAGCCAUGUUUACCUAGCUGCAUUAGGUAACUUCUAUAUAGCUUCAUGCAAGUUACUAACAUCAGGUAUUAUAACUACCUUAUAGAUGGCUGUUCCGUACGGCCUCAGCACUACAUUUUACAUAUCCCUAGCGAACGGACAAUCCGUUACCAUAAUCUGGGGUUGGGUACUGCUCUCCCUUCUUUCGACUGCUAUCGCCGCUUCGCUAGCCGAAAUAUGUUCGGUCUACCCUACCGCAGGUGGUGUUUACUACUGGGCCGCACUGUUAUCAACGCCUCGCUGGGCUCCCAUCUCCAGUUGGAUCACCGGUUGGCUGACGUUGGUUGGCAACUGGACCGUUACCCUCUCGAUCAACUUCGGAGGUGCGCAAUUGAUCCUCAGCGCUAUUUCCUUGUGGGACGAGGACUUCGUCGCCAACGAGUGGCAGACCAUCCUGAUGUUCUGGGCCGUCAUGCUCCUGUGCUACCUGAUCAACAUAUUCGGUUCCAAGUAUCUGGAUCUUAUCAACACCGUCUGCAUAUAUUGGACCGCUGCCUCCAUCGUCAUUAUCUUGGUCGUUCUCCUAGUCAUGUCGCCGAGCAAGAGGAGCGGCGAGUUCGUGUUUGCCCACUAUGAUGCCUCGGCAUCAGGCUGGCCGGUCGGUUGGUCAUUUUUCGUGGGUCUAUUGCAGCCUGCCUAUGUGCUCACGGGCUACGGCAUGGUCGCAGCCAUGUGCGAAGAGGUGCAGACACCUGAGCGCGAAGUCCCCAAGGCUAUUGUCUUGUCGGUCGUAGCGGCUGGUAUUACUGGCCUCGUCUACUUAAUUCCAGUCCUCUUCGUGCUACCGGAAGUCCAAGCGCUUCUCGAGGUUGCAAACGGCCAGCCAAUCGGCCUCAUUUUCAAGACGGCAACUGGAAGUGCUGGGGGCGGCUUUGGCCUGCUGUUCCUCAUCUUGGGAAUUUGGCUGUUCGCUGGCGUCGGCGCGUUGACAGCUUCGAGCCGCUGCACUUACGCCUUCGCACGCGACGGCGCAAUCCCCGGCUCUGGGCUCUGGAGUAAAGUCGACAAGCGAUUCGACAUCCCAUUGUUGGCUCUCACUUUAUCCGCGAUCGUUGAUUGUCUGCUAGGCCUUAUCUACUUUGGCUCAUCUGCGGCGUUCAGCAGCUUCACGGGAGUUGCCACGAUAUGUCUCUCUACGUCGUAUGGGCUGCCAAUCCUAAUCUCCGUCGUACGUGGUCGAAAGCAGCUGGAACAUGCAUCAUAUUCGCUUGGUCGCUUCGGGUUUGCUAUUAACGUGACAACGCUUCUAUGGAUCAUUCUUGCUAUCUUCCUAUUCUGCAUGCCCACCAAUCUUGCUGGGCUGGACGCCUCCACGAUGAACUACGCCAGCGUAGUAUUUGCGGGCUUCGCUGCCAUCAGUAUCAUAUGGUAUUUCGCAUGGGGCCGCAAGCAUUUCUCUGGACCUCCAGUAUUGAAGUCCGAAAUGGCAGAACAUGGCGUGGGAGUGGUGAGAGGACAAUCCCUGGACGAAGAGGUGGGGGGAAAGGAAGCAAGCACCAAGGAAGGGUUUGAUUCGAAAGAUGUAUAAUAAUAUCUAAUGGGCAUAGCCACCUGACCUAACCUGUCCUAGCCUGACUUAAUAUUGAUGAUUCGAAAGACUCACUACCAUCU